GCCAGUUGGUAGACAGAAGCCUCAGUUGUCUUUCCUCCUCCUUCUUUUCCCUCUUCCUCUUCAUACCUGUCUGUCGUCAGUUAACGCUGGGAAUGUUAGGAACAACACCAAAAUACUGCUCCCUGCAUCUGUCACUGGAACACUGCUGGACACAGUGUAGUUAAGGUCUUACAGAGAGGAUUAUCAGGAAGGAUGAAUCGCUCGUGUGUAAACUGCUUGAAGUCUUUGGUGUUAAGUCUCAACUUCCUGUGCUGGCUGUGCGGUGCGUUUGUGGUGGCGUUCGGGGAGUUCCAGAUGAUUCACUCCAAGUUCGCCUCCCUCAUCACCUCCUUCUGGCCCAUCUACCCCGCCAACACACUGGUGGUCACCGGCACCAUCGUGACCUGUGUGUGUUACCUGGGAAUGUUAGGAGGCAUGAAAGAGAACCGCUGCAUGCUCAUCAGUUUUUUCGUCCUGCUGUUCGUCCUGAUGCUGGUGGAGCUGGCCAUGGCCUGUGUGUUCCUGGUGUACAGCCGCAAGAUUGACGCAUACUUUGAAGAAGACCUGAUGCGGAGCUUGGACAUUUACAGACUGUCCAGCUCAGAAAACAACACGGACAUCAAAAAGGACUUUGAUACCGUCCAUUUCUUGUUUAGGUGCUGUGGAGUUCAUGGUGAAGCAGACUGGAAGGGCGACAUUCCAAUAUCUUGUUGUACCGAGGACCCCUGUAACACCCUCAACCCUGCCAACUGGCCAGAGGGUUGUCUUGUGAAACUGAGGGACUGGUUUGCCAGUAACUAUGUCAGCACGGGCGCAGGUGUUGUCACCCUGUUUAUCAUACAGUUUAUUUGCCUGUCCAUCACCGUACCUCUCUUUUGCCACAUCAGUCGAAGUGGAUUGGGAUACAAGUGAAAAGAGCCAGUAAACACAUCUCCAAUUUACAGAGGCUUACCCGUUGUUUUUCCUCUCAACAUUUUCACAAUUUGUGACCCACAGAAGAAAAAGCCCCAGUCCCAGAGAUAGGCUGAGGAAGCUUAUCAAACGUAUUGACAAUGUCCUAUGAGGUGACAGAGCAUUGAGUGUGAUAUAAAACAAAAUAGCAAUAUCAACAAAUGUAUUAAUGUAAUGCCAUGAAUUUGUUUGACUUCUUCUCACCCACACUGAAACGUUGACUUUAUUUAAAUGUAUUAUGUCAACAAAUUUCACAUAACUGUAUUAGGAUAGUUGAAAGCAAUAAUAUUAAGUUGAACCUAAUAUUCUUUAGUAAAACGUCAUAUUAUUGCUUUCAACUAACCUAAUAAAGUUAUGUGAAAUCUGUUGACAUCAUACAUUUAAUUAAAGGCAACAAUUCAGUUGGUUAAUCCCCAAUUUAUGCUAGACUCAAUUAUAUUCACCACUUUGGACACAUGCCAUUUGUAGAGCAUUUUAAACUAUGGACUUAAGCUAAGACAUGUCUUGGACAUUUUGAAAACAUCCUCUCAAUGUAAGAAAGUGUUAUUAUUAGGGUUAACUGUUAGGCACAGGAGAAUUUGUAGUUGCAGAGAAAUUAUUUUAAAUGUUUCUUACUUAGCUAGAUAGAUGGAUAGAUAUAUAGAAUGAUCGAUAUACUGUAUACAAUUCUGUACAACAAACUAAAAUAUGUGCUUGUAACUCAAUUUAAUUGUUUUUCAAAUGUUUGAAUUGCUUUCCUUCUUUUAUUAUAAUUGUUUCGGUCAGUUACACUCUUUGAUUAUUAUUGAUCCUGUCUGUUAUGUAGUUGCUUAAAGGGGACCUAUCAUGCAAAAUGCA